GUAACAACACAGAGUGGCCCGAGUGCCCUGACCAGCCUCACCUUGGACUCUUUCGAGUUGGCAGAAGCUACCCUGUGUUUUGUUUUGAAGCAGGGUUUUGAUAAGUGAUAUUUUAAGCAUAAUCCUCCUGCCUGAGCCUACAUCACCCCAGUAGCAGGCCUGUGCCACCACGCCCGGUAUUGUUACAUCUUUUCUUAAACUGCUUUCAUCUAGGAAAAUGCAGCUCUGCCCUUUCUGCCAUGGGUUUACACCCUACCUACCUGGCUAGGUCAGGCCUGCCUUUAUCUUCUGACUUAUCUUGUUCUACUCCUGCUUCCUUGAGCUGUGGACUUCACAGCACCUGGUUGUGACUCUAGGAAGCCAGCACGGUGACAUGGAAUAAAGAGCAUAGGCCACUCCUCCUGGAGAGAAGUCCUUAGAUACCCUGAUCCAGGUGAUCAAGAAAACAUAAAGAACAAGAAAUCUGCAUUCAAACUAGGCUGAACAAAAAUGUUUGCGCAAAGUGAGACUGGGAAAAUAGAGGAGAUUUUCACAACCAACACCAUGGCCUUCGAGACCACAGCGAUCACGUUCUUCUUCAUCCUGCUCAUCUGCUUCAUUUGUAUCCUCCUCUUACUGGCAAUUUUUCUAUAUAAAUGUUACAGAGGUCACAACCAUGAAGAGCCACUGAAGGCCCUCUGUACAGGCGAAGGCUGUGUAGGGGCUAAUGCAGAGAUGGACAAACCCGAAGAUCAAGACAAGGUCCUACUGCACUUUUUAAACAUGGGCUUGCCAAUGAAGCCUAGCAUUCUUGUGCAAAAGCAGAGUAAGGAAGAGAUGGCCACAUCCUUAGGAGACAACAUCAAGACAGAAGACUACCAAAAGAAACAGACAUAUGAGCCUGUGAAUGCUAGAGAAACCAACCAUGAGGGUGAGCUUGCUGAGAAAAUACCCAUACAUGUCCACAGAUCUUCAGAUACAGGAAGCCAAAAAAGACCUUUAAAAGGAGUGACGUUUUCUAAGGAGGUGAUCGUUGUGGACCUUGGAAACGAAUACCCUACACCUCGAAGCUAUGCUCGAGAACAUAAGGAGAGGAAAUGAAGUCUAGAAAAAACUGUGUGGAAAGUGUAACCUUUGACCAGCUUGGAUCAACUGAGGGUCGUGUCAAGGCAGCAGGAGGAUGGGAAGUGAGCAAAUAUAGACGGGAUUCUACCUUCGUGGAAGAAGAGAACUGUGCAAAAUUCUGUACGUAAAAUACUGAGCUCGAAUAUAGUUUUUAACAAACAAAUCUGAGUUUGGUAAGUUGACUAUAAUAAAUAUCCUUAAAUGUC